AUGGUCAAUCGAGGGGCCUCGCAAGGCUGCGUCACAUGCAGACAGCGCCGCGUCAAGUGCGAUGAGAGGAAACCUUGGUGCAAGGCGUGUCUUCGGCUUGGCAUCGAGUGCACGGGAUAUGAGACGCGCGGGCUGAGAUUCAAGGAUGAGACUGUGCGAUAUCGAGCGGAUUCAGCGGUUGUAAUGCGCGUCAGCAAACAUACGAAACAAUCGUCGCUUGAGAGGACUAUCAUCCGAGUACCAUCGCAUCACCCGCAAGAUCUUGCUGUACCAUUCUUUUUGACAUAUUUUACCGAUGUCGGUCGAAGUCUGGAAUCGACAAGGGGUUUCCUGGAGUUUGUCCGUCCUGCUCUAGCGUCCGAGCGACAUGAUUCAGCUUUGAGCACGGCAGUGACAGCUACGUCAAUCAAAAUCUGGUCCAUGAUCGGCAAGCUGCCCCCUUCGAGUCCCCUUCCUUACCAGCUUCUGGUGAAAGCCUUGAAGCGGCUUCACCAAGCGACCGAAGAACCCAACGAACGGGGACGUGAUGCAACUGUACUGGCGGCUCUUGUCCUCCAGAUGCACGACACCUUAUCAGCCGUAUCUGGCCAAGCCAGAGCUCAUGGCGCACAUCGCGAGGGCGCUUUGACUUUGUUGUUGCAGCGAGAGGAUUGUUUUAAGAACUCAAAGUAUUAUGCUCACCUUGUUGGCAAUCUUCUCCACUCUAGGGUAUCAGUUUCCGUGAGGAACAGAAGACGACUACCGACGAAGGACCUUGAUUGGAUCAAGACUGAGGUUGCUCCGAUCUUGCCGAUGAACCCGAGUUCGUCUCUUGAUAUGAUUGGAGUAUCUAUUGCAGAUCUCCAACACACCUUCCGCGAUAUGUCACCCCUGAACAACCUCUCUUCUCCCGACAUCAAACUACGGCAACAAAUUCGUGAUUUGGAUACUCAGCUACGGACCUGGUUAAAACAGAUACCAGCGAGUUGGUAUCCACGGCGGAUACAAAGCGGCAUCGAUCUCGACCCAUCAGUUCCUUCAUAUCGUGGCGCUUGCGACAUAUACCCAAGCAUACAAGUUGCGAAUAUCUGGAAUGCAUGGCGUAUCUAUUGUCUCAUUCUAGAGGACAUCAAGGACCAACUUGCUAAGUCCUCAGUACCAUCUGCGGCUCACCAUAUCUAUGAUGACAACAGAAUUUCGGAGUAUGCCAUGUUCUGGACGUCCAAUCAACUCAGAGUCCAAGAGCUUGUUGAUGCUAUAUGUCUUAGUAUCCCAUUCUACCUAGGCAACUGCAACUACUCCACUGAUAUCCUCUCAACGGGAAGUUCAGAUGUCAUUUACCCUAGUUAUCAUGAUCUACCUGUCGAUGAUGAAGGAUAUCUGCGAUUCAAAGCAAGUGAUCAGUACGUGUCCAAACUUGAUCACUCGCGACAUGUCACACUACACGGCCAGGUCCAUGCAAUAAGCGUCUUAUCCUAUGUCGUCGAUAUAUCCAUGAGUAGUAAUUGGCUCCGGCCAAGUUUUCUGAGGGAAGAGCAGAAGAGAUGGAUAGCAAGUCAGUUUAUUCGAUCCAUCUACUCGAUGAGGCCCAUAUUUGGGGGCAUAUCGGAAAGGAGAGCCCAUCAAGGGAAAGUUGACCUUGAUCAUAGCUUGCAAGCAGUGGAUGCAAUAUCAGUAGCCAAAACCUUCUCAAUUAAGGUGCAAAAAGAGCUGUGGACUAUCAGCAUUUUGUAA